AUGUUAAAUAAUAUAAAUAAUAAAGCGAAGGAUGAAAACAAACUGAAUUCAAUGUCAAAUUGUGUAGAUAGGGAGAAUGCAGAAAUUGUGGGAAUAAAUGUAAAAAAUAAUUAUAUGACAAUAAAUAAUUAUUAUGGAGAAACAAAAAAUGGUUUUAGUGUCAAUAAUAAAGAAAAUGAAAAUAAUUAUUGGAAUGGAGAGUACAUAAAUAAAGUUAAUGAUAAUCCUGUUAAAAAAAUUGAUUAUGGAAGUUAUAAUAAUAUGCCAAACAAAUCACCUAAAAGUGAAAAUUGGAAAAAUAUUGAGGAACAUAAUAACGAUUUUAAUAAAAAUAAAAGAAAUCACCCAAUUUAUAAUAAUACAAAUAAUAAUAAUAUUGAAAUAAAUGAAUCUAUAAAAAAGCAAAAAAAAUUAAAUGAUAUAGCAUAUUAUUCAAGUGAAAAUGUGCAAUAUAAUAAUAUAAUUAAAACAACUACUAAUCAAGAACUUGGUGAAAUAAAUCAAUGGAGUAAUAUGAAUUCAUAUGUAGAAAAUGAAACAUAUCAGCUAUAUGCUCAAAAUAAUAAUAAUAAUAUGUAUGAAUAUCAAACAAUGAAUGGUAUAGUUGGUAUGGAUUUAAAUAAUAAUGUAACUAUUUCUUCAAAAUAUGCGGAUAUUUCAUUUCCUAUGAAAUAUGAAGAUGCUCCAAAUGAAUGGUAUAUAACAAGUGAUAAUAGUGAUUGGGUUGUAAAUAAACAAUGCAAUUGGUUAUAUAAUUUUAAAGACAAAUUAUAUUUUAAUAUAAAAAGUCAAGAAAUUUAUUUUGAGGAAAAUGGUGAUUUUUUUUUAGUUGAUAAUUCGAUAGAUAAAGGAGAAAAAGAAAAUAACGGAUAUAGUGAGUAUAUAUAUGAAGAUAAUAAAAAUAUGUGUGAAUAUAAUGAAAAUAAAUAUUUUGAAACAAAUAUAAAAAAAAGUUAUAAUGAAGAAAUCCCCAAAAGUGAAGGUAAUAAUAAAAGUAGUAAACAUAAUAAUUGUUCAACUAAUGGAAAUAUUCAAAAACAAUAUUCAAAUGAAAAUAUGAUAAUUAUGAAUGAUAAUGUUAGUAGAAAUAAUAUGGUUAGUGCAAUAAUAUUAUCUUCAAAUAAUAUUAAUAAUAAUGGUAAUAUUGAUAAUGCUUAUGAUAAUGAUAAUAUUGAUAAUGUUUAUAAUAAUGAAGAAACAGUUGAAGAAUUUAGUAUGAUUUUAGAAGAUGAUUUAGUAUGUGGAACUUGUAGUAAAAUAGGCAGUCAUAAUCGAAAUGAAAAUGAGGAUUUUUAUAUAACAAAAGAUAUAUUAGAUUUAAAUAAUGUAUCUGAAAAUGAUAGUUUAUGUUUUUUUAGUGCAAUUUUUGAUGGGCAUGGUGGAUCGAAUUGUGCUCGAUAUGUUAUGUCCCAUUUAAAAACAAAUUUAAUUGCUAAAUUUCGGCAAUCCUUUUUAAUUACUUGUAAAAAACAUUAUAAAGAGAAAAAUACAAAGAUAAAUGAAUUAAGUGUAGCUAUUAAGGCAUUAUAUGAUAGUUGCAUAAAAGGGUUUGAAAUGACAGAUAAAAAUUACUUAGAAUUAUCCAAAAAAUAUGAUUAUAAAGAUGGUGCAACAUCUUGUGUUGUUUUAAUUUAUGGACCCGAUGAAGAUGGGUCGUUAAAAGUUUUAUGUGCUAAUUGUGGUGAUUCAUGUGCAUUCAUAUGUCAUGAUAGAAAGCCAAUAAAGUUAUCAUUACAACAUAAACCUGAUUUACAAGAAGAAAGAAUACGUAUUUUAAGAUGUGGAGGUAUUAUAGCAAAUAUUAACGGAAUAAAUAGGAUAAUUACAAAACAUAAAGAUAAAAAUUCAAAUAAUCGAGAAAAGACAUUUUUAGCUUUAUCUACAUCUAGAUCUUUUGGAGACAUUCCUUAUAAAAUUCCCAAAAAAAUAGUUUUAUGUAAACCAUUUAUUAGUGUUUAUACCAUUGAUUUUGAUUUAGAUUCUUUUCUAGUUCUAGCUACUGAUGGUAUAUUAAAUGUAUUAACUGAUGUUGAAAUAAUUGAUAUCAUUUGGAAAAAUAUUCAUCAAACUCCUGAAUAUGCAGCGGAAGAAGUUGUUAAAGAAGCCACAAAACGCGGGUCAACAGAUGACAAAACAUGUACCGUUAUUUUUUUUAAUUGGAGAAAGGAUAUUUUUAAUAAAAAUACAAAAAAUGUGAAUUUUGAUGGAGAAAUACCUCAAGAUUAUUCAAAUCCAGAGGACAUCAACAUGUUUUCCGAAAUAUAA